UUAGGGCGCUGCAGUGUAACGAUGCUCUUUGGAACUGCCCUUGGCGCUCCGGCUUCCCGCCCUACGCACCAGUAGGUGGGCAGGGGCUGCUCUGGGACGCAGGGUGCCCCUGACACGGGGUCCUGGACACCGCAGCAGCCGGCCCCAGAAGCUCCGCGCACACAGCCUCCGUUGGACCCCUGGAAGCUGGGUGCCUGGCCAGGGUGUGGCCUGGUGCGGCGCCCUCUGCCCCGCGCGGGGUGUCGGGACAUCCCUUCCCGCGUGGCGUGUUGUGGUCUGUUGGGAGUUGGCCGCGGCAGAGUCACGAGUCCAGCCGGCCCAGGAGGGAGAGACCCCGGUUCGUUCGGCCCCGCUCCCCACGCCUCCGGAGGUCAUGGCUUCCCCACUGAAGCUGGAGCAGGACAUACAGGGGAAAGUGGAUUCGUUUCGGGCCCGCAUUGCCCGGGAGGCCGAGGAACUGGUGUCCGUCUUCUUCCCGCAAAAGCUGUCGGAGCUGGAUAGUCAGGUCCAGGAGCUCCUCCUGCAAGACCUGCCCAGAAUCCGCUCGGUGCUAGCCGCCCCGGACACUGCGGGGGAUGGGUCCGACCAGGAUCCGCCGCCCGUGCACUCCCAGCCCUCGGGCAAGGUACCAGCGCUGCCAGGCGACAAGGGACCGCUUCUGCGGAGCAACCAGCAUCUGGUGGAGCUGAUUGAACGGGUAAAACCUGAGAUUGAGCUGCUCAGAGAGAAGUGCAGCACGGUGCGGAUGUGGGUGCAGCUGCUCAUCCCAAAGGUGGAGGAUGGCAACAACUUCGGAGUGUCUGUUCAGGAAGACGCCGUGGACCAGCUGUGGACCGUGGAGAGCUCGGCAGCCUCCUACCUACGCCGCUUCUCCACCUACUACAACACCCGGGCCAAAUUGGUAUCCAAGAUGGUGAAAUACCCCCAGGUGGAGGAUUAUCGCCGCACUGUAGCCGAGGUCGAUGAAAACGAGUACCUGAGUGUGCGCCAGACACUUCUGCAUGUACGGAACCAGUAUGCCACCUUGCACGAUGUAAUCCUCAAAAACAUCGAGAAGAUCAAGACCCCUCGGAGCACCAACACUGAAAACCUAUACUGAGGACCUUUCUCCAUCCUACUUCCCUUCAGCAGGUGGCUGAGCUGUUUAGGCAGCUAAGAGGCUGGUUAUUAAUUACUCUACAGGUGAUGAAACAGCUGAAAAUGUGCAUUCCUGCUUAGUGACAAUAUCAUACAGCUGACCCUCAUACUGACUCUUGGUGUAAUUUUUUAUUCUUUUGGGGAGAGAAUGGAGAGGAACCAUCUGGUAGACGUUUGUAAGAUGGGUCAAGGAGAAAGGACUGCCAUUUUUAAAAGCAACUUUGUAGAUAAAUGUUGGCCAAGGUUUCUUUUUUAUGGCAUUGGUGACAUUGAAUGGUUCCAGGGUUGAGGGGAGGUUACCAAAGAAAACCCAAGUCUAAUCUUUAAAUCUCAUUUUGGCAGAUUAAAAUAAAACUUGGUUUUAUCAUUUUA